GCUGCCCAGAACGGUCACCUAGACGUGGUCAAGUACCUGCAUCAAGUCCAACUUGCAAUGCAGGCAAGUUCCAAGAAGCGCAAGAGAGACCAAACCAAGCAGAAAAGUACCCCGGCUUGUACGAAGGAUGCCAUGGACGGCGCAGCUGAAAAUGGACAUUUGGAAGUUGUCCAGUGGCUUCAUAGCAACCGCUCGGAGGGAUGCACUUAGGCGGCUAUGGAUAGAACAGCGGCAAACGACCACCUCAAUGUAGUGCAGUGGCUGGAUGUCAACCGUGGAGAGGGAUGCUCUACUUCAGCUAUGGAUGGUGCGGCUCGGAAUGGACAGCGUGGUAUGUUGAAGUGGCUUCACAAAAACUCCACUGUGGGCUGUACUGCGAUGGCUAUGAGUGAUGCAGCGACAGCGGGUCAUCUCGAAAUCGUGAAGUGGCUGCAUCAGCAACUAAGACUUCACAACAGGGAACCGGCAGCAAUGGAUAAAGCUGCUGCGAAGAACCGUUUAGAUAUGGUGCAGUGGCUUCAUACCGUUCGGAAGGAAGGCUGUACUACGAGGGCAAUGGAUGACGCUGCAGCGUAUGGCUUCCUAGAGGUGGUGCUGUGGCUGCAUGCGCACCGAUCAGAAGGCUGCACAGCAAGUGCAAUUGAUGGAGCAGCAGCAAACGGACAUUUGGAGGUGUUGAAAUGGCUAGAUACGCAUCGGUCAGAAGGCUGCACAACUACAGCGAUUGAUCGAGCAGCAGCAAACGGGCACUUAGAGGACGGACACUUGAAAGUUUUGAUUUGGCUACACGAGAACACUAGCGCUCACUGUACGACUGAGGCUAUGGAUAUGGCUGCCAUGAUGGGUCAUUUAGAUGUUGUGCAGUGGCUACAUCACAGCCGGAGCGAAGGAUGCACUGUCAAGGCGGUAGAC